UUUGAGCGGGAUUGUGACAUAAGAUUGCCCUGGUGACAUGGAGCAGAUCUGGACCCAAGCCUAAUAAAGGUGGCAUAAAUAAAGGUGUCAUAAAGACAGGGCGGGGUGCACGCUUAUAAGGGGCACGAGCAUCUUGGGGUUGCCAGAAUGACUCCCGCUCAGUGCGCAGCACCUGCGUGUGUCAUGUCCCGACCGCGUUUCUGGGGCCCAUGGCCUCUCCUCACGUGGCAACUAUUGUGUCUACUAGUCAAGGAGGCUCAGCCUCUGGAGUGGGUCAAAGACCCGCUCCAGCUGACCUCUAACCCCCUGGGGCCGCCUGAGCCCCGGUCUUCCCGCUCCGCCCAUCUCCCAUGGGAAUCUCCCCAUGCGCCCACUCCCCCGGCAGACCCGGGGGACUUUGAUUACCUGGGGCCCUCUGCUUCCUCGCAGAUGUCAGCCCUGCCCCAGGAAUCGACUGAAAAUUUGGUUCCAUUCCUGGACCCAGAUUCGGCUGAAGAGCUCCCCCUGGGGCCAGAGCAGUUCUCCGCUGCACACCAGGAUUUAAAUGAGAAGUUGACUCCGCAAGAAAGGCUCCCAGAGGUGGUCCCACUGCUGGACGGGGAUGAGAACCAGACCCUAGUUCAGCUUCCUCGCCUCAAAAAACCUGAAGAAAGAUGUAGCUCAGCGUUGGAGCCUUGCUGAGAUUGAUGGAAUUCCACACCAAUUAUCCAAGUCUGGGCAUCAGAAACAGACUUUGCAGGAUGAAUAUUCGAGUAUGGAUACACUGUAUCCCAGCAGCCUGCCUCCAGAACUCAGGGUGAACUCAGAUGAGCCUCCAGGGCCCC